AGCGGAGGCCCCGGAGUGGGUGGCCGUGUCAGCAGGGGGUCUUCAUCGCGCCUUCAGGCCAAGAUGGCCUCCCCCAGCGCAGGCCUCCCGGCUCCGGGUAAACAACACCCACGCACUUUCCACCGCCGCUCGAGGGUGAAACCCAAGGCGGAGGCUCAAGGAGAUGAAUUAUGGAUCCGCCUCCUGGGAACUGUCCCUCCCAGGCCACCAGGCCAGUCCGAGGUGCAGCGCCCAGGCCGCUCUGCAGCCGCGGCGGGAGGCCCAGCAGGACCCCGUCUCCAAGCCCCUGAACUUGGACACCGGCCCCGGCUGGUGGGGAGCAGGCCGCCACCAUGGCCGACGAGGAGAAGAAAGCCAAGAAGAAGAAGAAGAAGGGGCAGGAGCCGGAGAAGCCCAAACGGAGCCUGAAGGGGACCUCCCGGCUGUUCAUGGGCUUCCGUGACCGCACGCCCAAGAUCUCCAAGAAGGGCCAGUUCCGCAGCGCGUCCGCCUUCUUCUGGGGCCUGCACACCGGCCCGCAGAAGACCAAGCGCAAGAGGAAGGCGCGCACGGUGCUGCAGUCCACGUCCAAGCUCAUGACGCAGAUGCGCAUGGGCAAGAAGAAGCGCGCCAUGCGGGGCAAGAAGCCGUCCUUCAUGGUCAUCCGCUUCCCCGGCCGCCGGGGCUACGGCCGCCUCCGGCCCCGGGCGCAGUCGCUCAGCAAGGCCUCCACGGCCAUCAACUGGCUCACCAAGCGGUUCCUCAUCAAGAAGGCCGAGGAGUCGGGCAGCGAGCAGGCCGCGGUGGACGCCUGGCUGAGCCGCUCGGGCUCCCACGUGGGCUCCCGCAAGCUGCCCUUCCCCUCGGGCGCCGAGAUCCUGCGGCCGGGGGGCCGCCUGCGGAGGUUCCCGCGCAGCCGCAGCAUCUACGCGUCGGGGGACCCCGUGGGCUUCCUGCCCUUCGAGGACGAGGCCCCGUUCCGGCACGCGGGCUCCCGCAGGUCGCUGUACGGGCUGGAGGGCUUCCAGGACCUGGGCGAGUACUACGACUACCACCGCGAGGGCGACGCCUACUACGACCAGCGGUCGCUCUCCCAGUACGAGGAGCAGGACCCGGGCCUGGCCGCCUACGGCCCCUACAGCCCCGCUUGGCCGCCGUAUGGAGACCACGCUCCCGGGUACCCGCCCGAGGACCCCUACGACCACUACCCCAUGGACUACUACGGGGGCCCCUACUACCCCACGUCUGCCUACGGCUACAGUUACGGCUACGAGGAUCACGAGCCCCCCUACGCGCCCCCAGGGGGGUACGCGUCUCCCUACAGCUACUACGACAGCGAGCCGUACCCGCAGGCCUACUACCUGGACCCCUUUGCACCUUACGAUGCGCCAUACCUGCCCUAUGACCUCCCGUACGAUGUCCCCGCCUGGGAGCCCUACGGGGUGCCCUAUGAGGCCCCCUAUGGCCUCCCCUACGCCGAGGGCAUCUAUGGUGGCGGGGACCAGGCCAUAUACCCUCCUGAAGUGCCCUAUCUGUACCCGGAGGAGCCGGCCUUUGCAUACCCGUGGGUGCCACCACCCAUCAUGUCACCCCACAACCCCUACGCCCACCCCAUGGAUGACAUCGCGGAGCUGGAGGAGCCGGAGGAGGCGGCCGGGGAGCGGCAGGGCACCUCCUUCCGCCUGCCCAGCGCCAGCUUCUUCGAACAGCAAGGCAUGGACAAGCCCGCCAGGUCCAAGCUCUCCCUCAUCCGCAGGUUCCGCCUCUUCCCGCGGCCCCAGGUGAAGCUGUUCGGGAAGGAGAAGCUGGAGGUGCCCCUGCCCCCCUCCUUGGACAUCCCCCUACCCUUGGGGGAGGAGGAGGAGGAGGAGGACGAGGAAGAGGUGCCCCCGGUGCGCACCGGGCCCUACGCCCACCCCUUCUGGGGCUUCCUCACGCCGCGCCAACGCAACCUGCAGCGGGCCCUGUCGGAGGAGGAGGAGGAGGACGAGGAAGAGGUGCCCCCGGUGCGCACCGGGCCCUACGCCCACCCCUUCUGGGGCUUCCUCACGCCGCGCCAACGCAACCUGCAGCGGGCCCUGUCGCCCCAGCGCCCAUCCUCGCCGUGGCCAGGCCGGGCAGGCAGCCGCCGGGGCUUCUCCAGGCCACCGCCUAUACCCGAGAACCCCUUUCUCCAGCACCUGGGUCCCGGGCCGUCCCGGGACUCCCCGCUGGAGGACGCAGACCCUGCCGUGACUGGCGUCUUCCUGGGGAGACACCAUGACCCGGGGCCUGGAGAGCUCACCAAAUCGGCCAGCCCCAGCCCUGAGAAGCCCAAAGAAGAGGCCUCCCCCGGGAACCCCCGGCCAGUAGCAGAGCCUGAGCCCCCAAGCCCAGAGCCCCCCAAGAACUCUCUCCCAGAGCAGAAGGUGCUAAGGCUCAGCCUCUCCCACCCUCUGGCCGCUCGAGAUAGGAUGAGGGCCACGUGGCCACCAUGGCGCCGCUGGGGAACACUGCCCAGUGCCCCAGCCCCCUUGAAGCCCACUGGUGCCCCAGGGCCCCUGCCCAGGGCAGGUGAGCGGCACCAGGCAGGUCCUGGGCGUCUUGCUGUAGUCCUGCCUCGGGUACAAAAACCAAGCUCUCUCCAGCGCGCUGGUCCUGCCACCCUGCAGCCCCCCACCCAGCUGACCAAGGACCCAGAACCCAGCCUUAAGCCAAGAGCCUGGAGUCUGCUCUGGGCCUCUCUCUGGCUGCCAGCGGGGACCCACCGGCCCUGGCCACGAGCACCUGCCUGCCCCGCUUCCUGCCGCCUGGGCCCCGAAGCUGCCUUUCUGCCCCAUGGGGGCCCCUGGGAAGAGGUUGGCCUCAAAAGCUGGUGGAACAAGAUGCACUCCAUCCGCAACCUGCCGUCCACGCGGUUCCUGGAGCAGCACCGGGAGGACGGUGUGGAGGACAUGACGCAGCUGGAAGACCUCCAGGAGACCACUGUGCUGUCCAACCUCAAGACCAGAUUUGAACGGAACCUCAUUUACACCUACAUCGGCAGCAUCCUGGUGUCGGUGAACCCUUACCGGAUGUUCGGAAUCUACGGGCUGGAGCAGGUGCACCAGUACAGUGGGCGGGCCCUGGGAGAGAACCCCCCGCAUCUCUUUGCAAUUGCAAAUCUCGCCUUCGCCAAAAUGCUCGAUGCCAAACAGAACCAGUGCAUAAUUAUCAGUGGCGAGAGCGGCUCUGGAAAAACUGAGGCCACAAAGCUGAUCCUACGCUACCUGGCCUCCAUAAACCAAAAACGGGGCAUCAUGCAGCAGGUGAGUCUUCCUAAGAUCCUGGAGGCCACACCCCUCUUGGAGUCCUUCGGUAACGCCAAAACUGUGAGGAAUGACAAUUCCAGCCGCUUCGGGAAGUUUGUGGAGAUCUUUCUGGAAGGGGGCGUGAUCUCUGGUGCCAUAACCUCCCAGUACCUGCUCGAGAAAUCCAGGAUUGUGUUUCAGGCCAAAAACGAGAGGAACUACCACAUCUUCUACGAGCUGCUGGCUGGGCUGCCUGCCCAGCUCCGGCAGGCCUUCAGCCUGCAGGAGGCUGAGACCUACUACUACCUGAACCAGGGUGGGAACUGUGAGAUCUCGGGGAAGAGUGACGCAGAUGACUUCCGCCGGCUCCUCGCUGCCAUGGAGGUGCUGGGCUUCAGCGGGGAGGACCAGGACAGCAUCUUCCGCAUCCUGGCCUCCAUCCUGCACCUGGGCAACGUCUACUUUGAGAAGUAUGAGACAGACGCACAGGAGGUGGCCUCGGUGGUGAGCGCCCGGGAGAUCCAGGCCGUGGCCGAGCUGCUGCAGAUCUCCCCUGAGGGGCUCCAGAAGGCCAUCACCUUCAAAGUGACCGAGACAAUCCGAGAGAAGAUCUUCACCCCCCUGACUGUGGAGAGUGCCGUGGAUGCCAGGGAUGCCAUCGCCAAGGUCUUGUAUGCGCUGCUGUUCGGGUGGCUCAUCACCAGGGUCAACGCGCUGGUGUCCCCCCAGCAGGACGCACUGUCCAUCGCCAUCUUGGAUAUCUAUGGCUUCGAGGACCUGAGCUUCAACAGUUUCGAGCAGCUGUGCAUCAACUAUGCGAACGAGAACCUUCAGUACCUUUUCAACAAGAUCAUCUUCCAGGAGGAGCAGGAGGAGUACCUCCGCGAACAGAUCGACUGGCGGGAGGUGGCCUUCGCUGACAAUCAGCCCUGCAUCAACCUCAUCUCGCUGAAGCCCUACGGCAUCCUGCGCAUCCUGGAUGACCAGUGCUGCUUUCCCCAGGCCACAGACCACACAUUUCUGCAAAAGUGCCAUUACCACCAUGGCGCCAACCCGCUCUACUCCAAACCCAAGAUGCCAUUGCCCGAGUUCACCAUCAAGCACUACGCAGGCAAAGUCACCUACCAGGUGCACAAGUUCCUGGACAAGAACCAUGACCAGGUGCGUCAGGACGUGCUGGACCUAUUUGUUCGGAGCCGGACACGGGUGGUGGCCCGCCUCUUCUCCAGCCAUGCCCCCCAGGCUGCCCCUCAACGCCUGGGCAAGAGCAGCUCCAUCACCCGCCUCCACAAGGCCCACACCGUGGCAGCCAAGUUCCAACAGUCGCUCCUGGAUCUGAUCGAAAAGAUGGAGAGGUGUAACCCCUUGUUCGUGCGCUGCCUGAAGCCCAAUCACAAGAAGGAGCCAGGCCUCUUUGAGGCAGAUGUGGUCAUGGCGCAGCUGCGCUACUCCGGGCUGCUGGAGACCGUGCGGAUCCGCAAGGAGGGCUUCCCGGUGCGGCUGCCUUUCCAGGCGUUCGUGGACAGGUACCGCUGUCUAGUGGCCCUUGAGCACAACCUGCCAGCCAGUGGGGACAUGUGUGUGUCCGUGCUGAGCCGCCUGUGCACAGUCAUGCCAAACAUGUACCGCGUUGGCGUCAGCAAGCUCUUCCUUAAGGAACACCUCCACCAGCUCUUGGAGAGCAUGCGGGAGCACGUCCGGAACCUGGCAGCCCUCACCCUGCAGCGCUGCCUCCGUGGCUUCUUCAUCCAGCGCCGUUUCCGCUCCUUACGCUGCAAGAUCAUCCUGCUGCAAAGCCGAGCCCGAGGCUACCUGGCCAGGCAACGGUAUCAGCAGAUGAGAAAGAGUCUGGUGAAGUUCCGGUCCUUAGUGAACACAUACGUGAGCCACCGGCGCCACCUCAAGCUGAGGGCAGAGCGGAGGCUCCGGGUGGAGGAGGUGCGGCUACGGGAGCAGGAGGAGCUGAGCAAGCGGGAGGUGGUAGCUGUGGGACACCUGGAGGUGCCAGCAGAGCUGGCUGGGCUCUUGCGAGCAGUGGCAGGCCUUAGGCCAGCCCAGAUGCCCCGGGUGGCCCCCGUCCGGACUCCCCGGCUCCAGGCCGAGCCCCGUGUCACACUGCCCCUGGAUAUCAACAACUACCCCAUGGCCAAGUUUGUCCGGUGCCACUUCAAGGAGCCUGCCUUCGGGAUGCUGACGGUGCCCCUGAGGAUGCCCCUCACUGGGCUGCCAGUAGAGCACCACGCGGAAGCCGUGAGCAUCUUCAAGCUGGUCCUGCGUUUCAUGGGUGACCCCCACCUGCACGGUGCCCAGGAGCACGUCUUCGGGAACUACAUUGUGCAGAAAGGGCUGGCAGUGCCCGAACUCCGGGAUGAGAUCUUGGCACAACUGGCCAACCAGGUGUGGCGCAACUCCAGGACCCACAAUGCCGAGCGGGGCUGGCUCUUGCUGGCUGCCUGCCUCAGCGGCUUUGCACCUUCCUCGCGCCUUAACAAGUACCUGCUCAAGUUUGUGUCUGAUUACGGGCGGAAUGGCUUCCAGGCCGUGUGUCAGCAUCGCCUCAUGCAGGCCAUGGGCCGGGCCCAGCAGCAGGGCCCUGGGGCUGCCCGCACCUUCCCUCCGACCCGGCUCGAGUGGACAGCAGCACAGGAGAAGGCCAGCAUGGCUUUGGAUGUGGGCUGCUUCAACGGCGACCAGUUCUCCUGCCCGGUACACUCCUGGAGCACGGGGGAGGAGCUGGCCGGAGACAUCCUGAGGCACAGGGGGCUGGCGGACGGCUGGCGGGGCUGGACGGUGGCCAUGAAGAACGGGGCCCAGUGGGCGGAGCUGGCCGGCCACGACUACGUGCUGGACCUGGUGUCAGACCUGGAGCUGCUCAGGGACUUCCCACGGCAGAAGUCCUACUUCAUUGUGGGUGCAGAAGGGCCCGUGGCCGGCAGAGGAGGCCCGAGAGCGGUGUUUGGGAACAGCUGGGACUCAGAUGAGGACACGCCCACUAGGCCCCAACCACGGGGGCACAUGCCCAACGUGGCUGACGCCAAUGGGUACUGCAGCCACCAUGAGGACAGCACAGAUGGGGAGACUGAGGCCCAGAGAGGUACAACAACCCAUCCAGGCCUCGACAGCCCUGGAGAGCCUGCUGUGUCCCACAAGGGCCUGGACUGCUACCUGGACAGCCUCUUCGACCCCGUGCUGUCGUGCGGGGAUGCGGACCUGGAGAAGCCGACAGCCAUUGCCUAUCGCAUGAAAGGGGGAGGCCAGCCUGGUGGCGGUGGCAGUAGCAGCACCGAAGACACUCCCAAGAGACCCCCAGAGCCAAAGCCAAUCCCAGGCCUGGACGCCUCCACAUUGGCUCUGCAGCAAGCUUUCAUCCACAAACAGGCCGUGCUGCUGGCCAGAGAGAUGACCCUGCAGGCCAUGGCCCUCCAGCAGCAGCCCCUGAGUCCUGCCCCAAGGCCCUUCCCCCCGGAGAAGCCCCAAGCCCCCGAGGCACGGCCAAAGCUCGCGGGCACUGGACCCCCCGCCAAGCCUGUGCUCCUGCGCUCCACUCCAAAGCCCCUGACCCCCGCCCCUCCGGCCAAGGCCCCCAGGCCCCCCACCAAGCCUGUGGCCGCCCCCAUUCUAGCUCAGGAUCGGUCUUCUCCAGAAACCACUUUGCCCUGCCCCGAGCUGGUCCGGUACUCCACACUCAACUCGGAGCACUUCCCGCAGCCCACGCAGCAGAUCAAGAACAUCGUCAGGCAGUACCAGCAGCCGCCCCAGGGGGGCCAGCCCAAGGCCCUCAGGAAGGACUGCGGGAGGGUGUUCGUGAAGCGGCCAGACCCCCACGAGGAGGCCCUGAUGAUCCUGAAGGGCCAGAUGAGCCACCUGGCGGCAGCACCUGGCACGCAGGUGCCCAGGGAGGCCGUGGCCCUGGUGAAGCCAGUGACCAGCGCUCCAAGGCCAUCCAUGCGACCCACUCCAGCGCUGCCCUCGAGGUCGCUGGAGCCCGCCGAGGACCCAGUGCAGACACAGCUGCACCGCCUCCCCAACCCCAGUUUCUAUGGCUACCAGGACACCCCCUGGCAGAUCUUCCUGCGCAAAGAGGUGUUUUACCCAAAGGACAGCUACAGCCACCCCGUGCAGCUGGACCUCCUGUUCCGGCAGAUCCUGCAUGACACACUCUCCGAGGCCUGCGUGCGCAUCUCCGAGGACGAGAGGCUCAAGAUGAAGGCUCUAUUUGCCCAGAGCCAGCUGGACACGCAGAGGCCGCUGGUGACGGAGAGCGUGAAGCGGGCUGUGGUCAACACCGCACGCGACAGCUGGGAGGUCUACUUCUCCCGCCUCUUCCCCGCCACGGGCAGCGUGGGCACGGGCGUGCAGAUCCUAGCUGUGUCCCACACAGGCAUCAAGCUCCUGCAGAUGGCCAGGGGCAGCCGGGAGGCCAGCGGGCAGCUGCGUGUCCUGCGCACGUACAGCUUUGCGGACAUCCUGUUUGUGACCAUCCCCUCCCGGAACAUGCUGGAGUUCAACCUGGCCAGCGAGAAGGUCAUCCUCUUCUCAGCCCGCGCUCAGCAGGUCAAGACCCUGGUGGACGACUUCAUCCUGGAGCUGAAGAAGGACUCGGACUACGUGGUUGCUGUGAGGAACUUCCUGCCUGAGGACCCGUCGCUGCUGGCCUUCCACAAGGGCGACAUCAUCCACCUGCAGCCCCCCGAGCCACCCCGCCCGGGCUACAGUGCCGGCUGUGUCGUCCGCAAGAAGGUGGUGUAUCUGGAGGAGCUGCAGCGGAGAGGCCCUGACUUCGGCUGGCGGCUCGGGGUGGGCCGCAGGAGAGAGGGUUCCCCCAUCAGGCCUGGCUCGGCUGAUCGUGGGGAGGACGGGCUGGCUCCCCCACCACGCACGAUGCUGGCGUUUGCCCAGAAGUAUUUCCGAGACCCUCAGAGGAGACCCCAGGACGGCCUCAGGCUCAAAUCCAAGGAGAGCCGGGAGUCCAGAACCUUGGAGGACAUGCUUUGCUUCACCAAGAGCCCGCUCCAGGAAUCCCUCAUCGAGCUCAGCGACGCCAGCCUCAGCAAGAUGGCGACCGACAUGUUCCUAGCCGUGAUGCGGUUCAUGGGGGACGCCCCGCUGAAGGGCCAGCGCGAACGGGAUGUGCUCUGCACCCUCCUGAAGCUGUGCACCGAGCAGGAGGCCCUGCGGGACGAGUGCUACUGCCAGGUGGUGAAGCAGCUCACAGACCGCGCCAGCAGCGACCAGGACAGCUGCCAGCGGGGCUGGAGGCUGCUGUACAUCCUGACCGCCUACCACAGCUGCUCGGAGGUCCUCCGGCCACCCCUCGUCCACUUCCUCCAGGACGUGAGCCAGAGCCCAGGCGUGCCCUUCCAGGGAAUCGCCAAGGCCUGUGAGCAGAACCUGCAGAAAACCUUGCGCUUCGGCGGCCGUCUGGAGCUGCCCAGCAGCAUGGAGCUCCGGGCCCUGUUGGCGGGCCGCAGUUCCAAGAGGCAACUCUUUUUCCUCCCUGGAGGCCUGGAACGCCAUCUCAAAAUCAAAACGUGCACCGUGGCCCUGGACGUGGUGAAGGAGAUCUGUGCUGAGAUGGCCUUGACACGCCCUGAGGCCUUCGAUGAGUACGUCAUCUUUCUUGUCACCAACCGAGGCCAGCACGUGUGCCCACUCAGCCGCUGCACCUACAUCCUGGACGUGGCCUCGGAGAUGGAGCAGGCGGAGAGCAGCUACAUGCUCUGGUUCCGGCGUGUGCUCUGGGACCAGCCACUCAAGUUUGAGAAUGAGCUAUACGUGACCAUGCACUAUAACCAGGUCCUGCCCGACUACCUGAAGGGCCUCUUCAGCAGCGUGCCGGCCGGCCAGCCCCGCGAGCAACAGCUGCAGCAAGUGUCCAAGCUGGCUUCCCUGCAGCACCGGGCCAAGGACCACUUCUACCUGCCCAGCAUGCGGGAGGUCCAGCAGUACAUCCCGGCUCAGCUCUUCCACUCCACGGCCGGCGCCGCCUGGCUCAGCCUGGUCAGCCAGCACCGGCAGCAGACACAGGCGCUCAGCCCCCACCAGGCCCGUGCCCAGUUUCUGGGCCUCCUCAGCGCCUCCCCCAUGUUUGGCUCCUCCUUCUUCUUCAUCCAGAGCUGCAGCAACCUUGCUGUGCCGGCCCCCAGCAUCCUUGCCGUCAACCAGAAUGGCCUCAACUUCCUCAGCACUGAGACCCACGAGCUGAUGGUGAAGUUUCCCCUGAAGGAGAUCCAGUCGACGUGGACCCAGCGGCCCACAGCCAGCUCCAGCUACCCCUACGUGGAGAUCGUGCUGGGGGAUGUGGCAGCCCAGUGCACCAUGCAGCUGCAGCUGGAGCAGGGCCUGGAACUGUGCCGAGUGGUGGCUGUGCACGUGGAGAACCUGCUCAGUGCCCGGGAGAAGCAGCUCACGCUGCCCCCCAGUGAGAUCACGCUGCUCUGACCCGCCUCAGCCCUGCAGCUGCACUGCCAGCAGGCUCGCUCUGCGGCCCCAGGGGAGUUCCUGGGCCUCUCCGUGCCGGUGACCUCUACAAGGGCCAGAACUUAGGGGAGACCAAAACAUGGGAGGAGGAAUGACCCAAGUCCCCAGGAACCCAAGACCUAGCCAGAGUUGGGAUGGAGUCGAGACACGCAAUCUUGAGUCAGAAAGCAGGACUCCCCCCGAAGGCUGCCCAUGGGCCUCCUGCCAUGUACACUCAGGCCCGGGCCCCGACUCCCACCUGUGGCCGGGAAGCCCCAAACCAGUGGCCUGGAUGAACUGGACUUUGCCUUUGGUUUGACGGGUCUGAUGUUCAAACCUGCUCCACUUCUCAACCUCUCACAUGUCCUCCUUGGGUGCCCCCGUACGGCCACUCAGCUUGGACUCAUGACCCUUGGUCAUUUCUGUACAAAUAAAAGGUGCACCUGGCAGCCAGUCCUCCAUGGUUGCUGAGUUGCUGGAAAACAAAUCUGAGGGAGGAAGCAGGAGCUGGAGGCCUAGCUGUGCCCCUGACUCACUGCCCAUGAACAGAACUUCCAGCAGAGACAUAUCUUUACCUCUCCUUGCAGACCUCUGUGCCCCCACUCCUUGGGUGACCCCAACCCCAGGCCCCCAUCACUGGAUGGGCCACAUAAGGUUCAAGAGUGGUAUAGUGGAGAAAGAAGCUCCAUGUUAGGGGCUGGGGAGGGAGAAGUCUAGGAGCUUCCCAAGGAAUAGGACUUUGUUAUUGGGUUUUGAAGAAUGAAUAGGAGUUUGCUAGGACUAGAUGGAGCAGAGGGGAGUGAACAUUCCAGAGAAAAUGGUGUUUGUUUCCACUAUAUCCUCCAGAGCCUAGGACAAUGCCUAACACAAAUUAGGCACUUAAAAAAUACUGGUCACGUGAAUAAAAUAAUAAAUGAAUAUUAA